CUUAUACUGUGCGAGACAACAUUCACAAUCUUUACCCUAAUGCUUUCAUGCAUCCACCCUCUGUUCAAACUCUAGUUCCUAAUGCUCAAUUACAUCCAAUUGGAACAGCUUGGAUACUAACAAAUGUAGCAAAACUUAAAAGUGACUUUGGAGAAGAUAAUAGAUUCUUUUCUACUCGUUAA